AUGAAUACCAAGGAGCUCRCCAAACAGACGACGGACGAUCUGCCGGUGGCAUCUGCGGAGUGGAGCGAUGACGAGGACAUUGAUCCCUGUGAGCCGAGCUCAGCUAACCCAACAGGCCCGGCGGUGAAGGGCUACCCAGGUCCAUCGGAGGGGGUAUUCCGUGAGUCAAGCAGUACCACGGGGAUGGUGGUUGGCAUCAUAGCGGCAGCCGCACUCUGUAUCCUCAUCCUGCUCUACGCCAUGUACAAAUACCGCAACCGGGACGAGGGAUCUUACCAUGUGGACGAAAGCCGCAACUACAUCAGUAACACAUCACAGUCCAAUGGGACGUUGGUGAAGGACAAACCGCCGAACGCAGCCAAGACCUCCUUUAAGAGCAAGAAGAAUAAGGACAAGGAGUAUUACGUGUGAUCCUUACUGUCUCUGGUCUUCGCCACUGGCCCGACAAACUUCUUGACUCGAGAAGACCAAUCAGGAGAUCAGAAGACCACUAAAAAGUGUAUAAUAAUGAACAAACAAAAUUCAACAAAAACUACAAAAUAACAUUUUGUCUUAAAUUUUACCAAGACAUGGUGGGAUGGUGUUAUACCUGAAUGUCAAAUGGACUAAAAAAUAAAACAGAACAUCUUCCUUUAGAUUCUUAAAACCCAACAAAUUGGGCUUUAGGAAAUAGCGAGAUUGAGGUACUCUAUUGGACUAUACUGAAGAGGGUUUGGAACUGCAGAAUAAUCAACAGGAGUACCUAUACAUCUUAAAACAACAAACAAUCCAAUCAGUUUUAUUCAGUUUAUUACCAGGGUGUUGGUUGUCCAAACGGGAGAAGAGAGAUGCAAACAGGUGAGGAGAGAUGCAAACGGGUGAGGAGAGGUAUACAAUUGAGGAAGAUAUAUUACAACUAUAAACUCCAAUGUUUAAUUUACAUAUCCUGUGUUUGUGUUAACUGGGACCUUUUCUACGAGAAAAUACUUAAAACGCACAAAUGAGGUAAAUAAAGAAAACCCAACACCAAACAUGUGCAACAACAGAUGACGAGUGAAUAGAAAAGAGAUGGCAUAAUGGGAAGGCAAGGUAACAGUGAAGAAGGAAGUGAAAGGAUAAAGAUGCUACCUACUGUAAGUUUGACUAAUCAGCCAAAGUAUUAGCACUUUUUAUGGUGGCAAUGAUGGCCAAAACACAGACUAAAGGAACAUUUGGCUGCCUGAUCUAUCAACAGUGCAAAGACAAAAUGGCCUCCGAUUAAUCUUGAUCUAGAGAGACUUAUGUCAAGUUAUGAUUAAGAUUCAUCUUUGCCAGUUAAGAAAUCAUGAUGCCUUUGAUUCCACACUGUUGUUGAAAACUAAGGCAAAGUGUUUUACAGAAUUCUGGAAGGAGAAGUCCGAAUGUUCUGAAUGCGAUCAUUCUGAUACUGGAACACUCCAUGCACGCAAAACGUAUCUUAUUACAGUACAUGUUUAUAUACAGUACAACCACAUCUAUAUGUGCUUUCUGGACAGUGACAAAGUGGUGUUUUAUAGCCUGUUGUAUAGAUGACCACGCAAGCUAUAUCUGCUCCUCCUCCAACCAUUUUUGGAAUAAAAAACAAAUUCAAAAAUGACAAAAAUACCAAAUUAAAUGUUAUUAAGUGUUGCUAGAUAUAGAAGAUUUUAUGACGACGUUGAUCAGCAAUUACUUUUCUUUUCAGUUGGAUUCUUUAUUCCCCCAUUAAACAUCUGUUUAGUUUUUAUACAAAUGCCAACCUGAUCUAAUAGAUAUAUUGACCCCGCCCAGUAGUAGCCUGACUGUCCUCAAACUGUACAAGGUAAUGAUAGUGCACAGUAGASACCUGGCAUGAUGAUAUGCAGGAUGAGGUCAUGUCUCCAGGGUAUCACGAACUUUCUCCCCAUUCCUGCUUCUUCCCAAUUCCUGGGGCAGUAACAGUAACGGACAGCCUUCCUCCCUAUACCUGCCCCCCAAACUAAACCUAGCUAUGUACGAAUGAAGACGUAUACUACUGAUGAUGUUGCUGUAUGUGUUCCUAUAAGUGGUCCUAUAACAUGAUUGUUUAGUGUAUGCUUGGGCUGAUGCAAACAACCUGAAGAAAAAUAGGAAGAGAUCAUUUGAACGGUUUGUGUUUUUGUCAUUCUACUGUCAGCUCUGUUCUGCUUUCCUGGUGACCUGAUGGACUUGGAAUGAGUGCUACUAUGACCUAUAAAUAAUGAGGAUUAUUAUAAAUUCUUUGAUUGUUCAUUUCUUUUUUAAUUUCUACAUGUGCUAUUUUUUUCUACGGUAUUUUAUGUUCAAAUUGUGACAAUGUCUUUAUUAUUGACCUCAGUAACAUUUAUUCUGAAAAAAAUAGUUUUGAAAAAUUAAAUGAAUAAAUUAAAUAAAAUGUUA